UCUUCCAAGUAAAGCGCAGAAAACCGCUUUUGGAAUCUCAGUCACAGCUUGUGGAGUUGGUCAUGGAGUCAUCUAUAUCCUCAUAUUCUCCUUCUUUUUGGAAUUAUCUGGCUCUAUAUUUUUUCCGCCCUCUCCUUGCUAUUACCUUCGUUCUCUCCUUAAUCCUUCUGGGGUGGUUUUUCGCAUGGAAGUUGGUCCUGGUUCACGUUCCGCUGGUGCAGGAGAUUUUUGGUUUGCGCAAGAAGCCCGUGAAGCCAAAGCCUGCAACUCGCGGAAGGCUUUCUCGAAUCUACGAUGGCGUUGAUUCUCGAAACUUGGCUUCUGGGUGAAAGAAAGGGGAAUAUAGGGGAAACUCAACUAUCCAUCAUUCAACCCGCCAUGCACACUAAUCCACUUACCACCAAGACAACAC